CCUCCAUCCUCCAGGGUUUUGCCUGCCCAAGUUGGGGGGAAGAAGGGUUGGGGGACCCUUCCCCAUUUCCCUGCCCCAUUUUCCAUCCCAUCUGCUCCCCACCAGUGUCAGCCUCUCCCACUGUUCYGGUGCCGGGAGCCUUUGGGGUGCAUCCACCAACGCAGAGGAACUCCCUGGGUGCGUGGGGACAAAAACCAGGGCAGGGYAGCUCCCACGGGGCCCCCCUAAUGGGGUCCCCAUCCCACUGCCCAGRGAGGCCGUGCCAGAUCCGGCAGCAGCGCAGAUCCCGGCUGAGCUGCGGGGCUGGGCCCUUCCUGCGGCAGGAACCUCCCGAGGAGCCGUUUCCUCGUCGGGUCCGCUCCGCCGCCGUCCGUUCCCGCCCGCCGAGGGAGGAAACGCGCCCCAGCACCGUGCUGCAGCCACGGGACGGGCACCCAGCCCCGCCGCCGAGCCCGGCCCCGUCUCUCGUCGAGGCGGCGGCGGAAACCGGGCGAGUCGGGACCGGCCCGGCGCGGGUACGAGCGGCACCGCGGGCGCGCACCCGCCCCAGCGCCGGCCGCAGGCGGAGGCGCCGGGAGGCCAUGGAGGCGGCGGAGACGGCCGAGGAAGCGCUGGUGCUGGUGGAGUACGGCUUCGAGUACCGCGCCAAGGACGGCACCUUGGUGUCCAUCAAACCCAACGAGCGCUAUGUUCUGCUCAAACGCACCAACUCGCACUGGUGGCACGUCCGCAGGAGCGGCGACAGCCGGCCCUUCUACAUCCCGGCCCAGUACGUCAAGGAGCUGCCGCCCAUCGCAGCCCCGGCCCCGCUGGAGCCCCCGCCGUCGGCCCACGCCGCUCCGGAGCCGGAGCCGGCCGCGCUCGUCCCUCAGCUCCCGCCGGCCUACGAGUAUCGCUUCAUCGGCGCCGCCGAGCCGGGGGAGUCGGCGGGAGGGUGCCCGGUGCCCCGCAGGGACUCGGUGCCCGGGAAGGAUCCGGUGUCCAGGAAGGAUUCGGUGCCCAGGAAGGAUUCGGUGCCUAGCAGGGACUCAGUGUCCAGGAAGGAUUCAGUGCCCAGCAGGGACUCGGUGUCCAGGAAGGACUCAGUGCCCAGGAGGGACUCGAUGCUCCAGAGGGACUCACCGCCGUCACUCAGCUCUUUUCGGGUCCUCCCGGGGCUGACCCCGCACCCCGCCGAGCCCGUGAGACCCUCGCACUCCCUGGAUGACCUGGCACGGGUGACACCAGGAGCACGUGGUGCCACUGCCACGGGGACGCACGGGGACCCCCCGGGACACGSCCGCCCGCUCGGGAAGAGCCGCUCCGAGACCCUCUGCGCCUCCGGCAAGGACAGGGACGGGGCCAGGAGGUGGCCCGGGGCCGGCCCCGCGGCUCAGGCACGCAAGGAGUCCGAGGAGACACCCGAUCCCAUCUACCUCAACAUCCAGGAGCUGCGGGAAGAGGCCGCCGCCGCUGCCAGCUCGGCCCCGGAGGAGCCCGGCGGCUCCGUGUCGGACUGGGAAACGCACACGGACACGGACAGUGGACAUUUGUUUUAUUAUAACCCGGUGACGGGCCAGACCACGUGGGAUUGUCCCUUUGGGCAGGACGGAGUGAGUCCCGCCGCCUCUCCCGCCCCCUCGCUCGCACACAGCCCGGAGCUUCCCGAGUGGGAACAGCACGUGGACCAAGGGAGCGGACAGACGUUUUUCUAUAAUUGGGUGACAGGUGAGACGUCGUGGGACCCCCCCGCUGYGGGAGACGCAGGCAGCCCCCGGGAAAUGCACCCUGGGGGGAUGCGGUACGGGGCCGUGGAGCAGAGGCCACCCACUCCAGAAACAGACUAUCCYGACCUGUCCCCAGAUGAGCUCGAGGGUUAUCCAGAGGAGGACUAUUCGCCUGUGGGCUCCUAUGAGCAGGGGGCCUCCCCCUGCCUGGCCCCGAGGCGCCCCGAGGAGCUGAGCUCACCCCCAGGCUGGUACGGGCACAGCCACCCUGAGGGAAUCGUCUUCUACCCCGAGCACUUCGCCUCUGACACGGUGCCAUCGGGUGGCCACCAUGAGCGGGCCAGCAGCGGCUCCAGCCAGGACAGCGGGCUCUUGGCCUGGCACGGCACCGUGUCCCCGGCGCUGGGCAGCAAGGAGGAGAAGUUUAAAAGCCUCGAGAARGCCGGGGUGCUCAACCGCACCAAGACGGUGGACAGGGGGAAGCGGCUCCGGAAGAACUGGAGCUCCUCCUGGACCGUGCUGGAAGGGGGGAUCCUCACCUUCUUCAAGGACUCCAAGCACUCAGCUGCCAGUGCCUUGAGGCAUCCCAGCACCCUGACCACCCCCGAGCACACGGUGGAGCUGCGCGGGGCCGCCCUCACCUGGGCCGGCAGRGACAAGUCCAGCAAGAAGAAUGUCCUGGAGGUGAGCGGUGACAGCAGGAGGGACACUGGUCACAGCCCGGGAGCAGUGCCACACCCGCCCAGUGGUGCAGGGGAGGGAG